GCGCGACGGACUAGUGUGCGAAAGCGUUUUUUCAUUUUACCAAUGAGCUCAAUAUAUAGUACUUCCCUAUACAGUGUGAAUGCCAGCUGCCGUAAAACCCUAAAGAAGAAGUAGAAGUAGUAUCUCAGGCAAAAUGGGCCAAAAAAGAGAUUUAACAGGCACUGAGAAGACAAAAAAUUGUAAAAUGCCUACCAGAGGAAUGCAGCACUCUUGAAAUAUGACCACAGAACAAUCAAACGUCGCAAAAAAAAAAAAACGUGUGGAGAAGAAAAGACUUGAGAAGGAUUAAAUAUGAAGCUACCAGGAACCCUUUAUCCUCCAGUGCCACCAUAUUCCAGAACUGCAACCUACCUGGAGUGUCCAGAAGGACAAGGUGUUCAGUGCUCAGAGACAUGGCCAAGUCUGUAGCUGCAGAGGUCAGUGCUUUUAUUCAGACAGGUGGUGAAAUUGUGACGCGUGCAUCACCGGCUUCAGUAUCCAGGCCUGUGUCUGAGUCUGAAUCUGCCUCAGACUUCCACUCUUCUUGAUUUUUCAUCUGAUAAAAGGACCUAAUGGUUAGAGAAGCAGCUUUGCGACCAAAAGGUCACCGGUUUGAUUCCCUGGACCUACAGGAAUGGCUGAAGUGCCCUUGAGCAAGGCACCUAACCCCCAACUGCUCCCCAGGCUGCUCUGGAUAUGUUCCAUGUCGCUCUGGAUAAAAGCGUUUGCUAAAUGCCAUUAAUGUAAUACUAGUGUGGUGAAACAGCCACCUUUAGGACGACUGGCCAAAUACUAUCUUGACCAAAACUACAUGUAUAGUUUUAAUUUCUAAUCCUAUUUAAUUGAUUAAACAUGACUAAAGAAAAGAUGGGCAGCUUGUUCUGACUUGUGAUUGGCCAAUGUCACAGGGGACAAAUGGGCACUGGCUGUUAUUUGAUUGGUUGAUGAAAAAAAUGAUCGACAGACACAAUACCCAUGUCUCUGCCCACUAAAGUCAUUUCCUACAACUGUAUUGAAAAAUAACUUCUUGUGAUAUGUACUACAGUGACAUCCUUUGUAAAAUACUGUAAAUAUUUUGUUCCAUUUUUACUUAAGUAACCCAUCUUUACUUUGUAAUAUUGUCACUGGUGUGAUUUAGUUAUUUGUCAGUCUUCUAUUUGUGCUUUCUGAUUGCAUACUGUAUUUCUCUGGACUCGUCUCUGAUGAGGAUGAGUCUGCCUACAGGUAGGAGGUUGACCAUCUGGUGUCCUGGUGUAGGCAGGACACCUUGGAGAUGAUUGUAGACUUCAGGAGAAGCUCUGCCACGCCCUCCUUCCCCCAUCACCCUGUUUGACUCCCCGGUAGCCUCUGUAGUUACAGUAUUUCCACUUCCUGGGCACUAUAAUCACCCAGGACCUCAAAUGGGAAACGAAUUCCUGCUGUCUCACCAAGAAAGCACAGCAGAGGAUGUUCUUCCUGCAGCGGUUGAAGAAGUUCAACCUGCCAAAGACAAUGAUGGUGCACUUUUACAUACACUGCCAUCAUCGAGUCCAUCCUCACCUCCUCCAUGACCGUCUGGUACGCCGCUGCCAUUGCCAGGACAGACUGUAGCACAUCAUUCGCUCUGCUGAGAGGAGUCUACUGUACGAGUCCAGGACCCUGAGGAGAGCAGAAAGGAUUGUGGCUGACUCCUUUUUCACCCCGGACAUAAACUUUUUGAAUCACUCCUGUCUGGUAGGAGGUUAUGAUCCAUUAGAACCAAAACCUCAUGCCAGAAGGCCAGAUUUUUCCCACUGCAGCUGGCCUCAUCAAUAAGAUCCUGAAAUAACGCUUCUCGACAGCGUCAGCUGGGUUUUAUAAGUCUUGGAAAUGGAGUCGAAUGACGCAGCUCGAGGAGGCUGGAAAAGUAAAUCAUCUCACCAGAAGAGCAAGAUUAACGGUGUGAUCCGUCAGGAGGAGCUCAUAGCACAGAAAAAGCGAGAAAUAGAGGCCAAGUUGGCCGAACGAGCCAAACAGAAUCUGUCAGCUGCCAGCAAACCAUCAGCAGAGAGUUCUGAUUUGCAGGGACUGACCUCAAACAAAUUUGUGAACGAUGGAAGCUUUCUUCAGCAAUUCCUAAAGAUGCAGAAAGAGAAAUCCAACCCAGAUUCAGCAUCCAGCAGUGACCCCAGAAGACCUUCGUCUUCCUCACUGAGCCAGAAGAAAAACGUUCUGGUUGGGAAACGGCCUGGUUUGGGUGUUGGCAGUAUGCUCAAUCAGUAUAAGAGCUACUCACAGACCAAAAGGACGCCACUUCAGAUCCCCCGGCCAAGCGUCUUCAGCUCACCAGACGAGGACGACGACGACGACGAGAACGAUGAUUCACACUACCUGGAGGUUAAAGUUUCCCCCCCAGAGGAUGAAGAUUUGGUCAACAUCAUCAACCGAUUGGCUGCUUUCGUUGCUGAAGGCGGGCCAGAGCUCGAGAAGAAAGCUUUGGAAGACUACAGGGGCAAUCCCAUGUUCUCGUUCUUAUUUGAGAAGGACAGCAAGGAAUAUCUGUACUUUCGCAAGAAAGUAGCACAAAUGAGACAAGUGAGCCAUGGCUCAUCUACACCAGCUGAUGUCUCCUCCUCAGUGGACGAAGACACGAAGAAGGUGGCGGAGAAGCUGGCCCGCUUCGUGGCCGACGGAGGGCCAGAGGUGGAGGCCAUCGCUAUCAAACACAACCACGACAACCCCACCUUCAGCUUCCUGUAUGAUCACCAAAGUCCAGCUCACCACUUCUACAAGUCCAGAGUGGAGCAUUACCGUCAGGCCAAAAGCCGAUCUGCACCUCCGUCUAACGUCGAGUCCUCUUCAGGCACCAAGCGCCCGGUUGCAGCUCCACCAUCUCCCAACAACUUCAGUUCAGCCCAAACAGAGCAGAAUCAGGACGACGCUCCUACAGGCGCAAAGCGCAAGAGGAAGAGUCGCUGGGGGUCCGAGUGUGACCGGGUGGAGCUGCCGGACCCCUCUGUCGUCGUCCCUCAAAUGGUUAAGCCAGAUCCUGAUGCUCCCUCGCUGUCUGAGCAGGAACUGAUAGGAUUGGGUUAUAAGAAAGGGAAGCCUGUUGGUCUGGUGGGAGUCACAGAACUCUCUGAUGACCAGAAAAAACAACUCAAAGAACAGCAGGAGAUGCAGGAGAUGUUCGAUAUGAUCAUGAAGCACAAGAAGGCAAUGCAGGAGAUGCAGCUGAUGUGGGAGAAGGCUGUGCGAGAUCACCAGCACGAGUACGACAGCGACGAGGAGAUCGACUCCAAGAACGGCACCUGGGAACACAGACUCCGAAAGAUGGAGAUGGAAAAAACAAGGGAGUGGGCCGAGCAGCUAACUGAGAUGGGGAAAGGAAAGCAUUUUAUUGGUGACUUUCUGCCACCUGAUGAGCUGGAGAAGUUCAUGGAAACAUUUAAGGCUCUAAAGGAAGGCAGAGAUCCAGACUACUCCGAGUAUAAAGAGUUCAAGCUGACUGUAGAGAACAUCGGCUUCAAGAUGCUGAUGAAGAUGGGUUGGAAGGAGGGAGAGGGUCUGGGAACUGAGGGCCAGGGCAUUAAGAACCCCGUCAACAGAGGCACCACGGCAGUAGAUGGAGCAGGCUUUGGAGUGGACCGACCUGCUGAAUUAACCAAAAGCGACGACGAAUUUGAUGCUUUCCGCAAAAGAAUGAUGCUGGCUUACCGCUUCAGACCUAACCCUUUGAAUAAUCCAAGGAGGCCAUAUUACUGAAGUUGUAUUACAUUGUAAUUUUUUUAUCUUGUCUCACACCUUUUCCUCAACCUGUAGUUUGAAAUGGACACCUUGAUAUAAUUGUAACUUGUCAGUGUAAAAAAAAAAAAUCCAUUUCUCCACUUUUUCACAUUUCUCUUUAGAAAUACUGAAAUAGCACUAAAUUCUUAGAUUUUUGACAUUUAUCAAAACUCAGUACGAUACCUGUAUUGUUUUUGUUUGUUCUCAAAAACAUCUAUUGUAAUGUGCUCUGGCAUCCUAUUAAAGUUUUAUUGGUCCUCUAA